GCAAUUGACGCACAAUAACUAUAUUGAUCCUGGGCCUGGGAAAUUGAUGCACUGUUUACAUUAGCGUUUUGCUGACAUAUACGUGAUUAAUAACAUUAUUGAUACAAACAUUAUUUUUCAGCUACCAUCCAAAGGUUACUACAUGGCAUUCAGUGUCUGGUGGGUUUCUAAAGGGUUAAAGAGCAACAAAUGAAAAAAACAGCAUGCAUUCUAAAAGACCAGAUUGCCAGACUGCCAAAUUCUGCAACAAAGCCAGUACUUAAAAGAACAAUAACAGAUUCAUUACCAGGGAAAAUAAUUAUUGAAAUGGAUCAACAGAUUAUGAAACACUGUCAUUAUGAGAUUUCAAGACAUGGGAAUGAAUGAAAAUGAACAUUACUCAGAGAUAGACAAGCUAAUGCUCACCUGAGAUAAGCAAAUUAAGGAAGAAACCUUGAGAUGAACCAAGACUCAGUAAGAGGAUCCCAUCCUCCUCUGUAGGUACUGGGCAACUUCUAAGUGUUAAGUUUCAAACAAUUUAAGCAUGUACAGCUAUAGGGAUAUAAAAGGAUGUUAGAUAUAGAAGGACUAUGGUCUGUAAUUAUACUACAAAGUGUUGUAUGUGAUCAGUGGAGCUGAUAAAAUGGAAAGUGAGUGUGGAAAACAAUGGUGUUAUGAUUUUGCAAUAUGACUGUUUAUUAGGGAUGUUAACAUUUACCACGUUAACACAUGUCGUUCAUCUGGAACCUUAUAUAUUGAUUUUUUUAUAUAUAUUGUUUUUUUUAUGCAAAUUAAUCAUGUGACAAAACAGAUGCAUUAGCUGUUUUAUUUAGCGGUAUAAUACAGCAGGCUUUACUGUUGAGUUCAGAAGGUAGAUUAUCUUUAAUUUAUGCUGAAGUUUGCACAUACAUCAUUGAUGGUUUCCUUUUUUUUAAUGUUGAAGGUGGAAUAUGGAGCUACACCCGCGUUUAUUUUCUCCAAUAAAGCUAGUAAGCAGUUAAACUUAAACAUCUUAGCAUUUCAAUACAGUAAAAAAAAUCUAGUCUGCCAAGUUUAUUCCACAAUACACUAUUAUUUUUGUCACCUUCCCUAAAAUACAGUUCAGUACCAGCAUUUAAAAAAAAUAUUCAUGAGUUGAUCUAUGAUUUAGUCACAGAGAAUUGCUUUUAAGGGAUUGAGUCCAAUAAUAAAAAAUAAGUGUUUCUAACCCUGAUUCUUUUAUUCACAUUAAAAAAAACCAUUAUCAAAAGCUUAGUGAUUAAUCACAUAAUUCUAUUGUGAAUAAUUUGAUUAUUUUUUUUAAACGAUUACUACACCACUAAAAUUUAUUAAUGUAUUUAAUCUAAACAUAGACCUCUAAUUUAAUGUGUAAUCUGAGAUUACACGUUCCCUCCUAUUCGUAUGAAUAUUAAUACUAUUGUUACGAGAGUAAAGAAUAAAACAGCCAAUCCGCUUUCGGCGAGCGUUGGUUCUCAUGAAUAAUUUCAAAAACCCAACCAAUGAGCUGCGUCCUGGGCGUGGCUAGGUUCUCCCUCAGUCAACGGAGAUCCAAACUGCCACCGAGUCAUUCGGAGAAUGGCGGCCGCUGCUUGCGGUCCUCAUGCAGGUGCCAGUGGUAGUACAAGCAAGCCAGCGCACAAAGAGCUGCGGAAAAGUAAGGAUUCGCGGCGGAGACAGGCGGCCCUGUUGUUUCUUAACAACAUAUCUUUGGACGGACGGCCAGUGUUAGCCCUCAGCAAUGGAACUGCUGGUCUCAGAGAACCCGGGCAGCAGUGCGUGGAGGCCGGCGCACCGACGGCGGCUCCUCCGCUGCUGUAUACAGCGGGCAGUUACGGAGCCUUCAGCCAGCUGUCAGCUCCCAUCAGCGGGGUCUCUACGGUUAACGCUGCUGUUGCUGCUGGUUUACCGAGGACUACCACCUUUCCCCCGGCCCUGCUCCCCACCACGGCACUGGUGUUUAACCAGGGCAGCAGCGACGUGUUUUCGGAUCCUUUGUCGUCGUCUCAGGGAUUCCCCCUGUCUCCCGUCUCUGGACCCCAGAAUCCCAAUUUAACCUCCAGUAAAUCACCCGCCGUGCCCUCCAGUUACAACCCCGCACAUCUGGACCUCCGGCAGCGAACGCGUAACCAGUCAGGGUCUCCAGGGCCUCGGGCCAAGAAGGUGCAUUUCAUCAAGAACAUGAGGCAGUAUGACACCCGAGGCAGCAGGAUUGUACUGAUCUGUGCUAAGCGGUCUCUGUGUGCUGCUUUCUCUGUACUGCCCUAUGGAGAGAGCUUUCACAUCAGUGACUCAAAACUGGAGGCCCAGAGACAGAGGCAUCCGUCAGGGGGAGCGGCUGAUAUGGCUCCUGCACUGGAGGGCGUGGAGCUGGGGGCUUUUGGAAAGACAGUAUCGUAUGCACGGUUCCUUCUCCCUACUAAUGCCCUAGUCAGACAAAAAAGCAAUGCGCCACAGGAAGCAAGCACAAUGCAGACGCCCAUGCCCCGAAACUGGAUAAACGGCCAGAAGAACUUCACUCCGUCUCGUCUCAGCACGGCCAUCUUACAAGAGUCUGGUGUUGAAGAGCUGACGGAUUAUGACCCCAAUCUACUGAGUGACCCCCAGUGGCCUUGUGGAAAGCACAAAAGGGUCCUAAUCUUUGCCUCCUACGUGACAACUGUUAUUGAAUAUGUGAAACCGUCUGACCUGAAGAAGGACAUGAAUGAGACAUUCAAAGAAAAGUUUCCCCAUAUAAAGCUGACCUUGAGCAAGAUUAGAAGUUUGAAAAGGGAGAUGCGUGCUGUGAGCGAGGAGUGUGGUCUGCAGCCGGUUACCAUAGCGAUGGCCUAUGUGUACUUUGAGAAGCUGGUUCUGCAGGGUCGGCUGAACAAGCACAACAGAAAGCUCGUGUCUGCUGUCUGCGUCCUGCUGGCUGCCAAGAUCAGCAGUGACCUUAAGAAGCUGGAGGUCAAACAGCUGAUAGAUAAGCUGGAGGAGCGUUUUCGAAUAAGUCGACGGGAGCUGAUUCCUCUGGAGUUUCCUGUUCUGGUUGCUUUAGAGAUGGCACUGUACCUCCCGGACAGCAAGGUCAUGCCACACUACCGCAGGCUGGUGCAGCAGGUGUAGGUCCAGAGAAAGGCCAUUCCCUCCAAGGGAGCUGCAGGCUGUUUUGUGUAUUUGAGGACUCGGACUGGAGAACAGUCUACGGUGGCCUGCAGUUUUAUAAGUCAUGAGUCCUAAAGCACCUUCAGUCUUCCGUGUUACUCAACAACCCUCAUAACUGACAAACCCAGUUUUGUUUGGUGUGACCGUUAGUUUAGAGGUUGACAUACUGUGCUAAAUCACAAAGAGUGCAGUUUAUCAAACUGUAUUUUUAACAUACUUUUUUUUUUUUUUACUCUGAAUUUUAAUUCUGACUUUUUAAAGCAAUGAGCAUUUUUCUUAAUGUGCCAUGUUAUUUAUCUCUUACUGUAUUUAUAUAUCAUACAGAUAUAUUACUGCAGGCAUUGUGAAUGAAGACUGAUUGUAUGUUGUUCAUAACUGGAGGUGGUGUAACUCUUUUUCGGUUCAGGUCCUCGCUGUGAGGAAUGUGUGGCAUUCUGAAUCAAAUCCAGCAAAUCACUCUAUGUUAGAGAUGACAUUUACCAGGCGCGUUAUUUGUGCCGUUCUGUUUUCUUUUCCAUACACUCCCGGUCCUGUUUUCACCUCUUGACUUCAUCAGACUAGACUGUGAUUGUGCAGUGACCUGUUAUGAGAGCCAAACUAGUUUAUGUAAUUUCGAGAAUUUUUUUUUUUUAUUCCACACUCUUCAAAAAUAAAAGUGCCAAAAAGAGUUCUGUGGAAAGAUGCCACAGAAGAACCAGUUGUGGCUUGUGAAGAAGAUAGAAAUAGAGAUAGGAUAAGAGAAAGAUAUCUGGUAGCUGAAUCUUCCCCUACUUCUACAGGGUUUCUGUAUCUUUUUGAGCUUCCAGUAACUGCCACUAACUGAUGCCUUGUUAGCUAGCAUAUGGCAACAUGAGAGUAGGACCAGUCCAGCCACCUGCAGAGAAGAUGUGACGCUUUUCAUGUUCCCUUGGAUUACCAGCCAUAGAUGUCUGUGGCAUCACUGGGAAUUAGUGUUUAAGAAUAUUUACUGAAGCCAUCCACUAUUUAUUUAUUUUUUCUUGAAUUACUCCAUUACUGAGUUUCUUUGAUUUUACCAAAUUAAAAAACCUCUGGAACAUAAUCAAGAGGAAGAUGGAUGAUCACAAGCCAUCAAACCAAGCUGAACUGCUUAAAUUUUGGCAUCAGGAGUGGCAUAACGUUAUCCAAAAGCAGUGUGCAAGACUGGUGGAGAAGAACAUGAUGCCAAGCUGCAUGAAAACUGUGAUUAAAAACAGGGUUAUUCCAUCAAAUAUUGAUUUCUGAACGUUAUAAAUAUGAACAUGUUAUAAAACAACAAUGUUCAUUUUACUCAGACAUAUACCUAUAAAUAGCAAAAUCAGAGAAACUGAUUCAGAAACUGAAGUGGUCUCUUAAUUCUUUUUUACAGGAUUGGAUGAUAUUUUUAAUUUUUUUCUUCUGUCUUCCAGCCUGAUGCUUUUUUGUUGUUUGUUCUGUUAAAUUAUUGGCACAUUUAUUUAUAUUAGAGUGCCAGUUCAUGCAGUUUAGAGGGCAGCGCCAACUGGCGCUACAUGACCUUGUGAUCUAGCAUGAUGGGAGUGGGAGGGCCUGUCUGCUCACCCACAGAGAGCGAAGCCAGUUAUGCUCUCUUGGAUUCCCAGACACAGAUGUCUGUGCUAUUUUAAAUUACAGCUAUCGACUAUUUAAUAUACUGUGUAGUACACAUGCUAUUUUAUGCUAGCUAUGCUGGUUUUAAUUUUCUUUUUUUAUCCCAUUUAGUAAGUAUUUUAGUUUUUUCUUUCCUGUUAAGUUAUUUUUUAUUUUUAUUGUAUUUUAUUUUUUUAUAAUUUCUGACAAUAUCAUCCUGAUAUGACCAUGCUACCCUCCCAAAAAAAGUUACAGCUCUACUUUCUUAUACUCUCAGCCAGAAUGGUUCUGCAAACAUUGAGCUGUUGUAAAUGGAAGGCAUCCACUAUUUAUUUUGUAGUAUAACUGUGAUAUUUUUACGUUUUUAUAUGUUGCGUUAUUUUCUAUCAGCCUAAUACAGAUACUAAUUUAAGGGGUCCCAGUAGACUCAAUUUUUUUGGCAUUUUUGGCACAUUUAUUUCCACAGGAGUGGCAUUACAGACAGGUUAGCAAUAGUAGCUAUAUUUGUGCUGAGGUGAUUUUAAUGCACAUUAUAUGAUGUAACUGUAAUGCACAAAGGAAUCUUAUAUGGGAUGGAACUUCCAGUAUUUAUUUCUCGGAAUCUGUGAGAAUUGCAUGAUUGAAUGUUUUGUGGACACUGCAAUGUCCUGUGUGUGUGCGUUUGUGUGUGUUGUGUGUGUGUACAUGUACAUACUUGCCAUUGAAUAAUAGGGGCAGAGUGGUUAGUCUAAACACUGACUGGCUUAAAACAAAGAAAAAUAGACCUAAAUUCACUAUACUGUGUGUACAGUGUGUUCAGUAAUAGAGGGAAACUGCCCCCUCAGUGCUCCAGUCUCUGUUGUGUUGUAUUGAUGAUGAUGUGAGUAUAAUUUAAUGUUAGUGUGUUUGUGUGUGUGUGUGUGUGUGUGUGUGUGUUUGUGUGUGUGUGUGUGUCCUGCCUAUUUACUGUAAGAGGUACAUAAUCUUGCUCGUUCUUAUUUGGACCUUCAGAUAGCCUUGAUAUUGUAGCUUGACAGUACCAUGGUAGCUCAGUCCUGUGGAUGACUGUGAUGUACGUUGAUCAAGCAUAACAUUAUGACCACCACCUUCUUUCUCUAGCUAUAUUAAAGCUUUAUAAUUACAGUAUUCAGUAGUCAUGCAUAUGUUUCAUGACUACUGUGACAUUGAGGUGUUUAAAAACUCCAGCAGCACUGCUGCGUCUGAUCCACACAUACCAGCACCAUGUCAGCGUCACUGCAGUGCUGAGAAUGAAUGACCCACCUCCCAAAUAAUAGCUGCUCUGUGGUGGUUUAUCCUGUGGGGUCCUGGCCAAUGAAGAGGCAGGGAGAAUGGAGGAGGAUGAUAAAGUAUGCAGAGAAAUAGAACACAAGUGCUCCUAAGGUGGUCAUAAUUUUGUGCUUGAUUUGUGUAAUUUCUGUGGUACAGUUUUUUUUUCAAUAUGCAUUUAGCUGUGAACCAACAGUUUUAAUAUUACAGAAUUACAGAAUAUUCACUAUGUUUUACUGUUUUGAGCUGCACAGCCCUCUAGUGGUGAAUUUGGAAGCAGGAACUGACUGUGAUGAUUGUCCUAUUUUUAUUUUAUUUUUCCCUCAGGGAGCGUGACUGACUGAUGUUCUAGCACUCUUUAUACAUGUUUGUACAGUUUUUCAUCUGAAAGAAAAGCAUUUUAAGCUCCAUUUGUUGUGAAGUCAUUCAGAAUUUACCUAUUUAUUUUACCAUAGAUCCUCCGAGUACACACUGUUUAUACUGCAGCAUUAAGUGCCUUGUUUAUUACAUUGAUCAUUUUGCUGCCAUACCGCGAGUCUUCAUAUCAGUGUACAGACUCUGGACUCUGCACUCCACGAUGGUCAGAUAUCUAGGACAUUUCAGUCAUACCGUAUAACUACUGGUCUGAGAUUGAACAUGCACUGUGAAGGAUGUUCUAUGAGAUGCAGCACAGUGAGAAAGUAGAGAGCUGUAUACACUCUUCUUGUGAACAUCUCUCUCUCUUUCUCCAUGUUGUGUACGAAAGGUUCAUGAAUUGGUACGAACUGAAGAGGUAGUUUAGUCUAUUUGCGAUGACACAGUGUAAUGUUUUGUGAUGUGUGGAUGUGAAGUCUUGUAACUUUUCUCUUUCUGAUAGAAGAAUCUUUAUAAAUAUAUAUUUUUAACUGUU